AUUGACCAUCCGGCCCAUACACCAUGUCCUUUACGUUUACUGUCAUGACGAUGCUCCUGUGCUCUUCAAUGGUGUUUGCAUUUGUCUUGCUGCCAUCCGAGGAAGUUUCUGCUGCCCCUGCGAACUCUCCUGUCUCGCAGCACAGGUGCUCGGGGGGGUCAUUGCAGUCAAUCAGACAGAGUCUCCUCGAGGGCCUCAACUUGCAGGCUGAGCCACAGCUGCCUGCUGGUGGGCUGGACGGUAUCGGAGAGAAAUGGAGGACCACCUUCGGCUCUAUUGCUCACAGAGUGAAGGACAAUGGUGUUCCAGUGGCCUCUGGCAACUCCGUGUCCCCUGAUGGUGGAAACAGUACAGACCUGAAGUGCUGUUCCAUGGCCUCUGAGAUCUUCAUGAAAGAUCUGGGCUGGGAAAACUGGAUUAUCCAUCCUGCCAGCCUGACCAUCGUCAAGUGUGCACUCUGCAACCCCGCAGGGCACCCUGUGCAAUGUCCACCAUCCCAAACCACUCAGGUGCCAUGUUGUCAGCCCACCUCCCUCCAAAUGGUGCCUGUUCUCUAUGUGGAUGAGUUCAGCACCCUCAUCAUCUCCUCCGUGCAGCUGGCCAGCAGCUGCGGGUGUGGGCCUAGUAACCUCCAGCAGCCAGGCACAAAGUAAAGUUUGUUUUAUAGUCUUGUGUAUGUGAACCACCUGGUGCACACACACACACAAAAUACAGAAAACUUAGUGAUACAUUAUAUGCAGGCCUAUCUUCUCUCUAUAGACUUAUCUUAGAUCCUUUCAGUGUGUAUUCAGCACCGAGUGUGGGAACCAAAGCAAAGUCUCUCUCAGUUUUGCAUUCCUGUUUCUCCUUUCAAACAAGAAUGUGCCAGCACAAAUCUGAUCAUUUUUUUAUUUUAGAGGUUAACUGCCAAUGAUUAUUAUGAUGAUGAUAAUAAUGAUACUGCAGACCCAUCAAAAAUGCAUUUCUGUAGAUAAGUCCAACUAUUUCUUUUGCGCCAAGAGCUGCAGAGAGCUGGAGGCGAAACACUGCCAGCUAAUCUUUAAAUACAUCUU